UUUAACCUCGUCGAGAACUGCGGUAUUGCUGAAGAAAUAUUUUCUGCUUCUUUUUUUUACGUUUGCUUUGGUUUUAAUUGCUUCUAUUUAUAUUUCUUGUCGACGAAAUGGGUUAUGAUUGUUGCAAUUGAAAACAAACUAAAAAUUGUUUUGAUGUCAAAGUUAAAUUUUAACAAAAGUAAUUCAGCUAGUUUUCAAACAAACUUUAAUGGAAAGCAUCGAAGACACUUUGAAUGAUAUCUGCAAGUUUCUCUCAGAUCCCAUUAUUAAGAGCUCGGAUAACUCUGGUCGCAUUUUGGUAAUAACAGAUUUCAUUCGAAAAGUUCAAGAGCAAAUCAAACAUUCACCGGAGAUUUUAGUCAACAAAGAAAUUUCAACAGUUAUCGACAAUUUAAAGGGGCAUCUGAGAACACUUGAAUAUGCAUAUGUUCUUGGUGCGAGGAAGAAUGUGGUUCUCGAAAAAGACCUCGAUGACCUCAUAGAAAUUACAAACCAUAUUUCGUCACAAUUACCUUCUGAAAUCACUGGUCCCACAGCCAAGAGCCCAGCUGUAGUCAAACAGUCAACCUUCUACGAUAUAGACACACUUUAUUCAACAUCAACCUUCAACAAAAACAU